AUGGCGUCCGAGGACCCAAAGCUGCAGGAGGCCAUCGCCUUCCUGCAGAAGACCAACCUCAACGGGGAGUCCGUUUACGAGCAGCUCGCCAAAGUUGUCGGUAAGGUCCUCGACGAGAAGCCCGAGGAUGCGGUCGAUCUGCUGGAAACGUCCGUGAUCGCGAAGAAGACCGCGUUCAAACCCGCGGACCCCCCGCUUAUGGCGGCAGAUCCAAAAAACGUCGCCACCGCGGUGGCCCUCAAGGAGCUGUACUGCGCGCCCAAGCGCGAGAUUGACCCCGAGACCGGCGAACCCAUCGAGCCCGCCGAAGACCUCCUCAACGAGUUCGAGUCCGAGGAUAUCGUUGGAGAUGCGACGAUGUACCAGGCCGUCGGCCUCGGCCUCUCGCUCUCCGAGAUGUACGGCGUCAUGCUCGCGGUGAAGAGGCUGGGCGAGGACCCCAAGAGAAACUGCGGCAGUGUCCGAUUCUUCGGCAAGGUGCUCGGCACGAACGGCGAUUACUACGUCUUCGAGACGUCCAUCAAGGAGCACGAGCCCGAGGACCCCCCGCCGGAGACACCCGCGGGUGAGAUCCCGCCCGAACCCGCCGGCGAGGGAUCCAACGAGUACACCUACUUCGUGUGCUCCUACCUGGGCGGCGCGUUUGUCCGCCUUCCAGAUGUCACCCCCAAAGCCGUCGUCGCCGCGCGCAAGAUCAAGAAGUACUUCACCGGCGACCUCGAAGCCCCCGUCUGGUCAUAUCCGUCGUUCCCGGGCAACGAGGCGAUGUACCUGCGGGCGCAGAUCGGCCGAAUCGCCUCCGCCACGGUGGUGUGCCCCGCCGGGUACCUCGUGGCGCAUCAGGAGGGCGAGGACGGGCCCAAGACGCUCGUGAUACCGGGCAGCGAGGGUUACGAGGAGGUCGAGCCGAAGUACGAGGAGAAGGAGGACCUCCAGGAGAUGAGGGAGCCCGCGAACUGGAGCCACCGGUACAGGUACCUGAAGAAGCAGGGCAGGGUCGAGACGUACGAGCCGCCCGAGGACGCGGAUCCCGAAGCCGCGCCCGUCGAUCCGCCCGAGCCGGAUGUGGACCCCGAGCUGCUGAGCACCCUGGACGGCGACACCGAGAGCGAGUGCGUGGAUUGGGGUAGCUGCGUGAUGGAGGAGAUCGACGGCUCGGCGCAGAAGCAGCCCGCGUGGACCUCGUGCACCAGCUCCAACGUCGUGGGAGUGAAGAACCAGACGGUGGCGAUCAAGAGCAUGGUGUGGCCCGGCGCGUUUGCGGUGUACCAGCCGGGACCCAAGUUUUCAAACUGCUACGUCGGGUACGGGAUCAAGAACGCGCCUUACGUCCCCGCACCGCCGCCGGCGGUGAUGACGGAGGCUGAGGAGAUCCCCAAGGAGUCCGACGCUCUGCCCCCAAAGGCGGAAUGA